GGCUCCCCAUCGCCGUGGCGCUUCUUCAGAGCCCUGGACCCCUCUCCCUUGGCUGCGGCUCCUCCCAAACUCACUGAAUUGGGAACUCUGGGCUGGGGAUCCAGCAGUCGGAGUGAGAGCAGACCAGAGUUGGGAGAACCACCCUCGUAUUUAAUCGGUCUCCAAAAAGCAUCCUUUGUUCUCUUUUCAAAAAGGAAAAGCAUCCUUGCCAUUCGGGUCACGGGGACGAGACCUCACCUCGUCUUUACGCUGAUCUGGGGAUUUGGGCGUUAGCUCUAACUUCUCAGUACUCUGCCUUUCUUCAUGAAGGGAACAUGGAUGGAGAAAAAACAGCUGCUGAGUUACAGACAAAUAUGACACAGGACUCAGUGGUCUUUGAAGAUGUGGCUGUGAACUUCACGCUGGAGGAGUGGUCUUUGCUGGAUGGUGCUCAGAAGAACCUCUACAGAGACGUGAUGCUGGAGAACUUCCAGAACCUGGCCUCACUAGGGUAUCCACUACACACACCCUGUCUGAUCUUCCAGUGGAAACAAGAGGAGGACCUGGAGAUAGCAAAGAGAAGACCUAUCCAGGAGGAGCACCAGGAAGGUUUUGAGACUCAACUUAAAAGUAAUGAGUCAGUCACUUCGCAAGAUAUUUAUGGAGAAAAAAUAUCCAAUGAACAGAAAAUAGUAAGAUUCAAAAGGAAUGAUUCCUGGUCGUCCAUUUUACACAAAAACUGGGAAUACCAUGGUAUUGAUUAUAAGAACAAAAGCCACGAGAGACAUUUGAGAAGUUGUGUGGUGGAGAAUGUCUAUGACUAUAAUGAAGAAAAUCAGCGUGGACAAACAUUUGGCCAAAUUUCAAAUCUUAAUACACUCAAGAGAACUACCGAAGUAAAAUCCUAUGAAUGCCAUGAGUGUAAAAAGGUCUUCAUGGAUCAAUUAUCCCUUAAGAGUCACAUCAGCUCUCACAUUGGAAGUAAACCCUAUCAGUGUAAGGAAUGUGGGAAAGCUUUCUAUUUUUUUGCUUGCUUUAAGAAGCACAUGAAAACUCCCACUGAAGAGAAACCCUAUGAAUGUAAGGAAUGUACCAAAGCCUUUGGUUGUUCUUCAUUCUUUAGGGCACAUAUGAAGAUUCACACCGGAAAGACAAACUAUGAAUGUAAGGAAUGUGGAAAAACCUUUAGCUGUUCUUCAUCCCUCACAGAACACAAAAGAAUUCAUAGUGGAGAUAAGCCUUAUGAAUGUAAGGAAUGUAGGAAGGCCUUCAGUUGUUCUUCCUCACUCUCCAAACACAAAAGAAUUCAUAGUGGAGAUAAGCCAUACGAAUGUAAGGAAUGUGGGAAGGCCUUUAGUUCUUCCUCUCACCUUAUAAUACAUAUAAGAAUUCAUACUGGAGAGAAGCCUUAUGAAUGUAAAGAGUGUGGAAAGGCCUUCAGUGAGUCCUCAAAACUCACAGUACAUGUCAGAACACAUACAGGGGAGAAACCCUAUAAAUGUAAGGAAUGUGGGAAGGCUUACAAUUGUCCCUCCUCUUUGAGUAUCCAUAUGAGAAAACACACUGGAGAGAAACCCUAUGAAUGUCUGGAAUGUGGAAAAGCCUUCUAUCUUCUCACUUCCCUUAAUACACAUGUGAAAAAUCAAAGUCGAGAGAAACCCUAUGAAUGUAAGGAAUGUGGAAAAGCCUUUAGUUGUCCCUCAUCCUUUAGAGCACAUGUGAGAGAUCACACUGGAAAGAUCCAGUACGAAUGUAAGGAAUGUGGGAAGGCCUUUAGUCGUUCCUCAUCCCUCACUGAACACUUGAGAACUCACAGUGGAGAGAAGCCCUAUGAAUGUAAGGAAUGUGGGAAAGCCUUUAUUAGUUCUUCCCACCUGACAGUACAUGUAAGAACUCACACUGGAGAAAAACCUUAUGAAUGUAAGAAAUGUGGAAAAGCUUUUAUUUAUCCUUCAGCUCUGAGGAUCCACAUGAGAACGCACACUGGGGAGAAACCUUAUGAAUGUAAGGAAUGUGGGAAAGCCUUUCGUCAUUCUUCAUACCUUACUGUACAUGCCAGAAUGCACACUGGAGAGAAACCAUUUGAGUGUCUAGAAUGUGGGAAAGCCUUCAGUUGUCCCUCAUCCUUUCGAAGACAUGUAAGAAGCCACACUGGAGAGAAACCAUAUGAAUGUAAGGAAUGUGGGAAAGCCUUUGUUUGCCCUGCCUACUUUCGAAGACAUGUGAAAACUCACACUAGAGAAAACAUAUAAAUGUAAGAAAUAUGGGAAUAUUUGAAAGGCUUUUCAAAUCUUAGGCAAUGUGUGAGAUCUCACACUGUGGAGACAUCCUAUGAAUGUAAGAAAGUAUGAAAUUGUCCCUCAUCUUCUUGAAGACUCUUGAGAACUCACAACUGAGAGAAACCCUGUGUAUGUAAACCAUGUGGUAAUGCCUUCAAGUCUUUCACUUAUAAGUCAGAAUUCAUAAGAAAUCCAUACUAGAAGCAAAGAUCAGUGCCUCACCCUUGAAGUGGACUGUUGGCUCUUUGAUUUCCAGUUUUUAUUUUCUGAUAUGAAUAUUUAAGGUGAUAAAUUUCCCUCCAAUAUCUUUCAGUUCUAACAUGUUUUCUUUUGAGGUGCUUUUAUAUUUUGGUUCUGAUGUAAAUUUUAUUUCCAUUACUAAGUCUUGGACCCAUGGGGGACUUAAAGUGUAUUUUUUCAUAUGCAGGCAGGAGUGGUCUUUUUUUUUUUUUUUUAGCUUCUGAUUAACUUUCAUUGCUCUCUAAAUGCAGUUAUUAUGGUAUGGACACUGGUAUUUGUAAUUUCUUUUAUAAUUUUCUUUGUAAUUGGUAAUUUCAUUUUGAUUUAGUCCCGCAGAUACUGGAAAUUGCUCACCUAAUUUUUUUUCACUUUUUUACUAAGAGAAACUACAGUUUUUGAGGUUAUCAGUUUUUAUUAUUCAAAGCUUCUCCUGUCUAAUAAGUAAUCUCAGCAGAAAUUACUAAGUGCAAAGGUCUUGAAAAUAGUGUCUCAUCUGAUAUGCUGGUUUUUGUACUUUGUUCUUUGCUCUUGCUCAUGACUGGAAAUUGGACCCAAUGUUUUAAGAUGAAAAAGAGACCUUGUGACAAGAAAGCUAGAAGUAAAGGUUGGACUGGCUGUGUGUUAAUUUGAGUAUGGCUGGGACUCCAUUUCCCAGAGUCACUUCCUCAUGCAGUUCCAGGUUGGAGUCUAAAAUAGUUUCCAUGAGAAUUGGAAGGCAGAGGAUAGAAUUCAUUAUCUUUAGUGGGGCCAUGAGACAGGGAGACAGAUGCAUAGGCACCUGAUGGACUAUAGUUUCCCACUCAUUUUCCUUAUAUUGGCCCCACCAAUCAAUACUGACUCAAAACGGAACAUUAAAUGCUUGACUUAAGUUACCUUAAAAGAAGCAGCUUCAUAGACACCUUUAAGUUCCUCCAUUAGCACGUCCCGUGUGACAAGGGCUGGGGAGCUUGAGGAGGGACAGUUAAGAAAUAUAAGAGUCAAAUGUAGAGUUACUGCGGGCCAGGGAUCUCAAGUCUCUAUGGACCGAGCCCCAAUUCUGGUGGGCGCAAAGCUUUUAUUCUCAACUGCCACAAAGGUAAAUUUGAAUAUCUAAACCCAGUUUGUUGAUUCAAUGUGUCUGGCAACUACUUCACCAAAACUCCUUGUGAUCAAACACAAGUUGUGCUUUCACACAUACAUAUGAUCCCUAUGGAUGGACUCAGCAUUCUGAGACCAUUAGAUAAGGAAGUUUU